ACUCUGGGCUAUGGAGAUUUUGAAAAAGAUUUUGAAAUAGAAAUUAUCUGGGAAUUAAUGUUAAAUCUUAACUUUCUUGAAGAUUAUUGUUACAAUGAAAUAAUUAUGUCAAAUUGGCCUCAAGAAAUGAAAUUAAAAUACACAUUUUUCGUACUUCAAACUUUCGAACCCGAAAAACGCAUAAAAUAUGUUUAG